AAUCGAACACCGCUAUAUAUGACUUCAAAAUUUAUUUAUCUUGAGCUUAUACUUUUUUUAUAAGAUAAAUGAACUUUGAAGUUUGAAUCAUAUCUACUGAUGGUUUUUGGGCGUGACUAUUGUUUUGUUGUUAAGAAAAGAAUGAUUCCGAUUAUUUUUGCCUGAGGGAAAACCCACAAAAGGCCACAACCUAACAGUGGUCUGGAUUCCCUUUUCCUCCAAGAAUGUGAGAAUGUAUUAAGAAAUCUUGUGGGUGCAUUUAAAACCACCUGACUGGUGGUCCGCCAAAAAGCAGAGGCCGCGGCUGUAACCAGCCGCCGGUGGCGUUUCCAUAAACAAACACAAAUUCAGAUUCCCAUUCCACCAAUUCAUCCACAUCAUCACUCCCAAGAUCAAAAAGAUUUCCAUUUUCAUGCCCUUUGAGUCGAUUUUUGCAAAGCCAUUUUUGAAUUCUUUUUUGGGUUUAUCAGUUUUAGAGAUAUGUUGUGCAGAAAGAAUUCAGUCAAGAUUGUGAGUGGAUCGGCGCCAGUGUACCUCAACGUAUACGAUCUCACCUCCAUUAAUGGCUAUGCUUACUGGCUCGGCCUCGGUGCCUACCACUCUGGUGUCCAAGUACAUGGAAUAGAGUAUGCAUUCGGAGCUCAUGAGUAUCCAACGACUGGGAUUUUCGAAGGUGAGCCAAAGCAAUGUGAUGGGUUUACUUUCAGGAAAGCCAUUUUGAUCGGAUGGACGGAGAAGGGCCCAUUGGAGGUGAGGGGAGUGAUGGAAGAGUUAGCACAAGUGUAUAAAGGGAGUGCUUACAAUCUCAUCACAAAGAACUGCAACCAUUUCUGCAAUGAUGCCUGUGUUAGACUCGCUGGGAAUCCUAUUCCCAGUUGGGUUAACCGGCUCGCCCGGAUCGGUUUGUUCUGCAAUUGUGUAGUACCUGCGAGGUUAAAUUCAACCAAAGUCGGUAACCGAAGAAUUGAAGAUAAACUCUGUGAAGGAGACAAGAAGAAACUGACAAGCGGCUCAAGUCGGUUCACAUCAUCUUCCAAUUCUUCAUCUUCCUCCAAUUCCUCAUCUUCUCCCGCCGCGCCUGCCAGAAGUAGGCGUUCUGUUCUUCCAUCUUCACCUUUGAUUGUUGUUUGUGCUUCAUCCUAGAAUUCUAUGGACACGGUUGCUCUUCAAAAAUGUUUGUCUUUCAACAUUGUUUCAUCUCUUCUUGUGAUCUUGUAAUGCUAGAAGCCUCUUAAGAAUCUUUCAACUUUUUCCAAUCCAUAGAUGUCUAGCCUACCCUUGAUAUGGAAAAGGAGUGGUGCUCAGGGUAUCGGAAAGGAGUGUCACUAAUCCCCGAGGCGAGCAAACCAGCAGCUUCUGGGGGCAAACACAUCACAGGGCAAUCAAAGCCACCGCACCACAAUCGCCUCUGGCAAGAAUUGAACCCUCAGCUGCCCAUUUGGAAGAGUUGAGGAAAUGUUGCUGGACUAAAAGCCUGGUGGCGUGCUCCUCUCGAGAUCAUCAAAGUAGCUUCUUCGUUUUCUUUCUUUUGUUUUUAUUUUUCCUUGUGAUGACUAUGAAAAAGCCGGCGGGAGCGUCGAAUAGAAGCAUUCUUAUUUGAGUGUGACUUUUAAAAGUUCCUACUAGCAAAAAAAUAGGCACACUUGAUUGUUUGGGCAGAGAAAUUAAACGUGGUCUCUUAUAUGUAAAAUACAUCCAGUUUAGUCCCUAAUUGUGUACAAACUCAAUAUUUGACGUUACUUCCAGAAAAGUUGUUGCUAUUAACCCA